UCUCCUCCCACUGAGCCGUCUCUAUAUAUGAUACUGACUUGGUGAGGAAGAGAUCCUGUGAUCAGAAACAGGGGACCUCCAAGCACCAGGAUGAGCAGGUCUGGUCCCAUCCGGGCCCUCCUGUGCUGGACGGCUGUGCUGUGUGUCUGCAAUGCUGCUCCACAACAGAAGUAUUGCAGGAGCCCAAGCUACAAACCAAGCGGUUCCUCAGAUCCCCUGGCCUCAUUCCCUGUGUGUGAUGGGACACCAGGCUACAUCCAGGUUUCUUCUGCUAGUCAGUCUGGGUCCAUGAGUGGUGGAAGCAGCUCCCAAUCUCUGCAAGCCAAUAUUCAACACACGGUUAUCCAAGGAGGCAGCAUGCAAAGUAGUAGUGGCACCUGGGCAUCUGGUGGAGGUGGUGGUGGAGGAGGAGGAGGAGGAUAUGCCCAGGGCAGUUCUGGAGGAGGAGGAGGAGGAGGAUAUGCCCAGGGCAGUUCUGGAGGAGGAGGUGGAGGAGGAGGAACAUCACAAAUUUUUGUUGCAGGAGGUGGAGGCACAGGGGGUAGCUCUUCCCAUCUAAACUCUGUCGGUAUGGGAUCAGGAAAUGUCAUCCCACCACGUGGCGUUUCUAUUAUCCACAGCAGUUCCUCUUCGUCUUCUGGUUCAAGUAGUGGUGGUUCAUAUUCAGCAGUUGGAGGAGGGACUGGUUCAUCUCAACAAAAUGCUAUAAAUCACGGAAACGUGAAGAUUUCCCAAGGAACUGGUGGAGGUUCAUUUGGCCAGAGUUCUGGAGGUUCAUUUGGCCAGAGUUCUGGAGGAGGUUCACUUGGCCAGAGUUCUGGAGGAGGUUCAUUUGGCCAGAGUUCUGGAGGAGGUUCAUUUGGCCAGAGUGCUGGAGGAGGUUCAUUUGGUUCAAGUUCUGGAGGAGGAUCAUUUGGUCAGAGUUCUGGAGGAGGAUCAUUUGGUCAGAGUUCUGGAGGAGGUUCAUUUGGCCACAGUUCUGGAGGUUCAUUUGGUCAGAGUUCUGGAGGAGGUUCAUUUGGUCAGAGUUCUGGAGGAGGCUCAUUCUCUGGAGGAAGUGCAGGCUCUGGCCAGCCAAACCGUGGUGGUAGUAUCGUUGUUGUUGGAGGCUCUUUCGGCACUGGCUCCAUAUCUAGCGGUAGUUCCUCAAGCUCUUACAAGCUACCAGCAAGCAUAAAACCAGAAGAUGUUCCCGUGUCCCCAGGAUGUAAUAAAAACGGACAAACCGGUCAAGGAUCCAACCAAGUUGGAGGGACUGGAAAUACUGGUGGAACAGGCGGAGGGUUCGGCCAGAUCUCACAAACCCAUGGCGGAGGUUCAGGAGGAACUGGUGGUGGUGGUGGAGGAGGAACAGGUGGUGGUGGUGGAGGAGGAGGAAACAUUGGAGGAGGAUUCUCACAGAUCUCCCAAAGCCAUAGCGGAGGUUCUAGUGGAGGAUCAAUUCAUCAAGGUACUGGAGGAGGCACAGGCGGUGGAAGCUUCUCCCAACAAUCCCAGAGUCAUAGCUCAGGUUCUAUACAAAAACAAAUUCCCCAGUCCCAGUCAGGCUGAUGAAUCUAUGAUGGAGCGUGUAAUUGGUCAUUAAAGAGGACACGGCUCCUUGAUCUGCCGCUGGUCGCCAUGUGCACUUUUUUUUAUUAUAAAUAAGUCCAGACAGAAUUUGUAUAUAUUUAUUUUUGUACCGAUCCUCCCUCACGUCCCCUAGUAGUGUUUCCUGCAAAUAUACGGUAUUGCCAUCAUGACGUGUCUAGAUGGUCUCAUCGAUGACAGGUUCUUCUCACGUGUAGAUUCAGGACUUUUUUUUUUUCCCUCCUCCUCCUCCAGCCCACUAAACAAGCUCCUACCGAGAGCAUUUUGUGCCAGAGUGUGUUUGUGUAAUUCUUUGUUUAAAAAAAAAAUUUGAAAAAAUUAAAUGUGAACUUGUGUUUUUCAUAUGUGCAAUAAAACCUGCAAAGGACGUG